UUGAAAAGCCGCGACCCUCGACCUUGUUCCAGUGGUGAACCUUUAAAAGGCUAGAAGCCUUUUAGGUUACGGAAAUUAAUUAUUUUAAACUGAAAUUUUCUCUAGCAGCUUAGUUUUGCAUGAAGCUGCCCGCCUUCGGCAUUCGGGCUGAAGCGGGUCGCCAUAAGUACUACCCAACAUAGGCUGUACACAAAGCUCUUUAAUGGGCGCCAUUCAAUCAAAUCGAAAACCUUCCUACGAUGCGAGCGGCGAUGUCGAUUUCGACCAUUUUCAGAUCCUGCGAGCAAUUGGACGAGGUGCUUUUGGAAAGGUCUGCAUCGUCCAGAAGAAGGACACAAAGGCCAUGUAUGCAAUGAAAUACAUGAACAAGUAUGCUUGCAUAAAGAAGGAUGCUGUCCGCAAUGUGCUGCGCGAGUUGGAAAUUCUCAAGUUUCUCGAGCACCCAUUCCUUGUGAAUCUUUGGUUCGCUUUUCAAGAUGAAGAAGAUAUGUUUAUGGUGGUAGACCUUCUACUUGGAGGAGACAUUCGUUACCACUUGCAACAAGUAACGAAAUUCGACGAGCCUAGAGUUAAGCUAUAUCUAUGCGAACUUGGUCUGGCCUUGGGGUACUUGAGAAGCAAAAAAGUUAUUCACAGGGAUCUAAAACCAGACAAUUUACUACUCGACGAGAAAGGACAUGUCCAUUUGACAGAUUUUAAUAUAGCGACAAUUCUGGAAGAUGGAAAAUUGGCAACGUCCAUGUCGGGAACCAAACCAUACAUGGCUCCUGAAAUAUUUAGCACAGCUAGUGAGGAGACUCAAGGAUAUUCCUUUGGUGUUGACUGGUGGAGUUUAGGAGUUUGUAUCUAUGAAAUAUUAAGAGCAAAGAGACCAUAUGAAAUUCAUGCCAACACAAGUCUGUCAGAAGUGAGACAAAUUUUUGCUUCUGAAUCUGUUAAUUACCCCACAACUUGGUCAAGAGACAUGAUACAUGUACUUCAUAGACUUCUUCAACAAGAUCCCAAGAAAAGACUGGACAGUUUAGAGGCCUUGAAACAGGAAAGCCUUUUGACAGAUGUUGAUUGGGAAGCUGUAGAGGCUGUUAAUGUUCAACCUAGCUUUGUACCUCCUAAAGACCACUUGAACUGUGAUCCCACUUAUGAGCUGGAAGAAAUGAUCAUUGAAGCAAAGCCACUUCACAAGAAGAAGAAGAGAUUGAAAAAAUUGUCAAGCAAGAUGGAGAGUGAAGAGGAAAUGGAUCCUACUCAAAUUUCUUUAGAAGAAAUCAAAAAGGAUUUCAAGCUGUACAACAGAGAGAGGUUACUUAUAACUCAAAGACAAACAAAAACAAAUGCGAACCCUGCCCAAGAAAACAGUGAAGAAAAAACUGCUGAAAUGUCAGUAGCAGAUGCAAAACCAUCGUGAUAUUGGUGUGUACCAGCAGUACUUCCUCCUCUGCAACUCACCUCUGUCAGUAGUAAAUCUCAUGUAUGCAAAUCAAACAUGAGUGUGGUAGGAACAAACAAAAACAAUAGAGUCAUUUUACUUUUUAUCUGUAAUAUUUAACAGUCCUCAAAUUUAGACCUUUCACCUCUAUAAACACUUGUAAUUUGACAUCAAAUGUCUGUAAAUCACUUUUAAUGCCAUUAACUGUUCAGCUGGCCACCAAGUAAAUCUCUGCUUGUCAUCCACAAAUUAUGCAAGGCAACUAUCUUGGUCCUUUUUUGAAACUAUCUUCAAAAUUAACUUUCAUAAUCAUCAGGUGUGAAUUCGGGACCUGUAAUUUGUAUAUUUUUAGUGUCAUUACACUGUAUGCCAAUAAUUUUGUUCAAGCAGAAUUGUGCUUAAAGAAAUGCAGUGAGGAAGAGGGGUUAACUUUAUCAAUUAACCCAGGGGGACUUAAAGUAAUCCAGCUUAUGAACAAUACACUCAGAAAACAGACAAUGCUUUAGCCCAGUGGUUUAGUACUUGACUCUUGAUGAAAACAUGGUUCGUACAGGUUUGAUGACCUUUUAUUCAAGGACUUUUCCAGGACUUUUCAAGGACUUUCAACAAUAUUCAAGGAGUCCAUUUCCACACGCACGAUAUCACAUUUUUCCAGUUACUCCAAAAAAGCAAUUUCUGUAAGUGCAAAUAAAAGUCAUACAACCAAAAGAUAG